UACCUGAAAGAAUUAUCUGUAUCAGCACAAACAUAAACAAAAUGAUACAAUUUCUAGUCAUUUUGGACAACAAAACCACUUUCAACUGUUAAUAAAUAAACAUAUACGUGGACGUAGAAAUGCCGAAUCAGCAAACGAUAAGUCCCGAUACUUGAACGUAGUGUUCCGACAUAUGACGUCAUAACAUCGACAAGUUAAUAAGUUAAUAGCAAUUUGAGCUUUCUGCUUGAAAAACAUGUUGGUUUAUUGUCAUUUUGUUUGAGAUUUCGCUUUCUUUUUACCCUACGAAGACCCAAAGAUGGUGUCCUACAUCGUCUCCCGUGUCAUUGUGUAAGUAAAAUCAUAUUUUUGUACAGGUUUGCGGCAAAACAGCCCGACAUUUCACCUCCUGUUGUGACAUCAAAAUUUGGUUUGAUGUUUAUGAAACUAAGUUGCAAGAGUUUGCUAGCUUUAAGUCAUUAAACCUUUCUAAUCUUUUUAUUUUCUUUAUUGUAGUGUGAGUUUAGGUACUCUGUAUCCUGCUUAUAGAUCAUACAAGGCUAUCAGGUCGAAGGACACGAAAGAAUAUGUGAGUAUACAAUCGCCAGACAUUCACAUAACUGCACAAUUUGUUUGUCUCUAGUUGAGAUUUUUAAUAUAUAAAACGCGGCCCCAAGCAACCCAAUAUAUUUUUGGAAUAUCAUGCAUUGCUUAAGUUUUGGGGGUGAAAGCCUAUUAAAUAUAAAGAAAAAUAAAACUAUCUGUUUUAACCUGCUUUCAUUUUUGCUGAGGACGUUUGCAUAAAUUUCAAUGAAUAUAAAUCGUGAAAAUUUCCUCCGCAUUUUCGAUGUAUCCAUAUUUUUGUGGUUACAUUGGACCUGUAUUGCGAUAGCAACAAAAACAAAAAAAAAUAUUGAAAAUCAUCUAAAAAUCAUCAGAAAACCCUUAUUAUGUUAGAUAAAUCUCAGACUUUCUAAUAAUUAGUGGAUGGAUGCGUUGAGUCAUUUGAGUGCUUGUUAUUGUCUCAUUUUGUAUGUGUGCGUUCUAGACGAAAUUUGAACUUGACAAUUAGAUACAAUUUUGAUAAGGGAAGUUGUUAAUGUAGAUUGUGCACUCAAAUAAAGCACUCAAGGUUUUUUUUAAAACAAAAAAAUUUUCUGGGGCAUGAGCCAUGAGUGAAAAUGAGUUAUUGUUCAAUUAUGUGUGAGAGUUGUUUUAAAACUGCAGGAAAUAAAUGGCUUCACUGUUGGAUUAUUUCUUACCACUGAUCUAUAAGUACACUGGACUGUAUAAACCCAUACUAAAGGAUCAAACAUGUGGUAUUUCUAUUUUUCCUUAAAAUGCUAAAUAGCAGAGUCAGGCAAUUAGAUAUUUUAUGACUGCUACCCUUAAUGCCUGUCAUCAAUACCAGACGCUUCUCCAUUGUUUCUCUGUAAAAGAGCACUUUUUUGUUUUACUUGGGCAGGAGAGAUUUUGCCCAUUAUGUGUUUAGCCGUUAAGCUUGUGAUAUAAACAGCCUAAUUGGUUAACCCUAGAUAUCUAUAAAAGCUCAUCAUAGCGACCUCAUUCCCUAGCUAAUGGCUAAUUUCUGGCUUCGUUUUUAACACUGACAAUAAAUACUUGUCCAGUUUUGUUCCCAGGAACCUGCAUAUUUGCAUUUUUAAAGUGCAUGAGCAAACAUUUGACCAGUGUAGUAUUCCACUGACAAAUAAAAUUGUCUGGUGUAACUAUAUAUACAAAGUCAACAAUGAUCAAUAUUGAUGGAUUGUCAAUAUUGACACUGCAUGUGUUGUUGGUAUGCUAUUAGAAUGGUAAGAAUUUUGGGGGGAAAUUAAUGCUGUUGAGUAAUAUGUUUUAUUAUUUUCAGGUAAAAUGGAUGAUGUACUGGAUUGUAUUUGCAAUAUUCACAACAGCUGAAAUAUUUAUUGAUACAAUAAUUGGAUUUUGGUAUGUGCCAUGGUUUCUUAGUAAUGACACAUUUCAACCCCCCCCUCCUUUUCCUAAAAUUUUUUUAUUAAGUUUCCAACAAAAUUUUUAGAUUUAUUAAUUGUCAUCAAAAGUUACUUUGCUUUAGUACCUUUCUUAUGCUGUUUCAGUGAUCCAUGUACUAGUAACAAUUGGUAAUCUUCCCUAACUUUUCUAUUGAUUCACACCUUCAUGUGACUAAUCACCUGUCAGAAAUAAAUCCCCCCUCCUGGAUGAGGAUUUAUAGCAUAAAGAAGAACAAUUUGUAAUUAUUCUUUCAUGUAGGUUGCCAUUUUAUUAUGAGAUCAAAAUUCUGUUCUUAUUUUGGAUUUUGUCUCCAACAACAAAGGGAUCAAGUAUUUUAUACAAGAAAUUUGUGCAUCCGUUUUUUACCCAGCAUGAAAAGGUAUUGUUAUGGUGGUGAAGAACAAUUAAGCCAUUGAGUGGCAGUACUCUCCCCUUGAUGAGUAAAAUCGUCCAGCGUUAGACAGACUAAAAUAAUACAGUAGGGCACAUCAGGGUGAUGGUUAAAAUUUAACCCUCCACAGUAAGUGGCAAUCAUUGAACUAUAAAUAAACUGGAAGGCUAACUCAGGGGGGGAAAUUGAAGCCAGUGCAUUUUAGUUUUUCUGAGUUAUGAGCAGAAAUACUCAACACUGAACAUUGGGCUAUAUAUCAAAUUGAAGCUAUUGAAAAACACUAUUUGGUGUAGAAAUUUCAAGACUUUAGCUAAAAGGGAAAUAUUGAAAAACUACAAACAUAAUUACCGAUAAUUUGCCAUUUUGCAGUUGUUUUUGUAUUUUUUAAACAUUUAUCUUUUCGCUGAAGUCUUGAAAUUUCCACACCGAAUAGCAAUUUUCAAUAGCUUCAUUUUGAUAUAUAGCCGAACGUUUGGGGUCAAGUAUUUCUGCUCAUAACUCAGAAAAACUAUUUCGGCUUCAUCAAAUCACAGGCCUUCAUCAUAGCAGUUAGCCUUCCAGUUUAUUUAUAGUUCAAUGGUGGCAAUACAACUAGCCUGCGAACAGGCUCUCAAGGUGAAAUGAGAGCCUGCAUCGAUGACCAAUGAAUUUGAAUAUCUGCGUCUCAAAUCGUGACGCGAAAUUCUCAUUGGUCAGAUGCUAUAAUUUAUAUGUUUCCUCUGAGCUCUAUAUAUGUCAACUGCUGAAACACUAUGCAUAAAAAAACACAUUAACUGAUCAAAUUGGUCUUGGCCAUCUUAUCUCAAAGCAUGAGAUGUUAUGUUUUGAGAAAACAGUAUUUAAAACAUUUAAACUUUUGCUUGAAUAUCUUAUAUUUCGAAAAACAGUAUAAACUGUAUGGUCUAAAUUUAGUUUGCACGGUCUAAAUUUAGUUUGCAUGAAAGUUGUAAACAACACCAUAUAAGGAUAGACAUUCCAUAUUUGGAGAAACGAACGUUACGAGGCAGAUAUUCAAAAUUGUAUAUCAUCAGUGCAGGCUCUCAUUUCACCUUGAGAGCCUGUUUGCAGGCUACAAUGCACCCUACUUUGGUAUCUUAAUUACUCUCACUGUCUAAUGCCAGAUGAUUUUGUCCAUGAAGGGGAAAGUGCUGCCACUCAAUGGGUUAAUAACUAAAGAUUAUCUGCCCAUGCAUUCUGUUACUAUAAACCUUUAUGCUCUCUACUUUAGUAUUUUACUCUGUCUAAUGCCAGAUGAUUUUACUCAUUAAUUAAGGAGAAAGUGCUGCCACUCAAUGGGUCAAAGUAAAUUUCUCUGCACUUUAUAUUGCAGUAAUUAUUAAUAAAAUUCAACUUCUUCAAUGUUGAUGUUUAGGAGAUUGAUAGCUAUAUUGAACAAGCCAAGGAACAUGGUUAUGGCAAGUUAGUGCAAUAUGGCAAGAAAGGCCUGGACCUAGCUGCUGACACCAUGAUGAAAACUGCAAUUUCUGUAAGAGAAUGGAAAAUUUUAAUUUUAAGUCAUGGGGGUAUUUUGGCCCCUUUAAUUAAAUUAAAGGGGACAUUGUCCAUAGACAGGUCAUGUAAAUUACAGGAAUUUUCUUGUGGGUAUACUCUGAGAUUGACAUGAUGGUCUGAAACCAACUGUCUUAAAACUGUGAUGGCCUGAGAAGCAUCUACACAACUGUAGCAUAUUUUCCAUGAAUGGAAUCAUUUUCCAUGAAUCUUUGAGCUUCUACUUAAACUACUGAUUCAUGUUUCACUGUUUACUUUCUGGGCUUUAGAUUACCCUCCUGACACAAUAUUAAAUCUUAUGCCCUAUUUACUACCUCUGCAUGUACUAUAAAAGCAAGCCCACUCUGAGAGCCUAGUGUUUUAAUUUUAAACUAACACACUGUUUACUUUGGAUGUAAAUUUGAAAUUUCACCAGGGUCAAGGUGUGCUUGUACAGCAGUUACAACGCUACAGAUCUGAAGGCUCCCUCGAUCAAUUAGGACUUUCUGAUGCGCCGAAAGAAACAGCUCGAGAUCAAGUUGACUCCGGUAAUGGGGAACAGAAACGGAAAUCAAAAGAUAAGAAAACUACCCAACCUACUGAAGCUACCGCGCCAGUAAGAACAACGGAGCCAGUGAGAACGACAGAGCCAGUGAGAACGACAGAGCCAACAAGAACAACAGAGCCAACAAGAACUGCUGACUCAGCUAGAAUGUCAGAAAGGUGAGGAAUGUGUUUGGACUAGAAUCAGGAAUAGAAACUAAGGCUUCUAGUACAGACACUUCACUCUGUCCCUUCAGUGUCAUAGAGAUACGUUAACUAUAUCAUACAAUUUUUCCACAGCACGAACCUAACGAAUCAAGGAAGAGUACAAGCUUCAUCACUGGAUGAUAUAUACAUGAGAAGUUCCAUGACAUCAGAUAGUUCACUCUAUGAUUCUGUACCAAGAAGAUACUAUGAUGGAACUGAUCCAGUAAGAUAUUUGUGCAGGGUUUCAACACAAACUCCUUCUUUGAAUGACGUUUCAAGGAAGUAAUGUGCAGUCUAGCCUGUGUUCCAGUGCACCACACCGUUGUGUUCACACAGUCUAGUUGACUGGAACACAGGCUAUUUGCAGACCAGUUUUUUCGUCGUUUUUGUCGAUAGUGCUCCAUUUUAACAGACUGAAUUUUUUCCCUUGUUAUGUUGUCUAUAUUUAUGAUUUAUUUUUCCUUUUAAAGUCAUGGUGUCGUCCUACAAGUAAUUAUUAUGAGGUAAAAAAGUUACUGUAAUAUAUGUAAAUGUAAUUUGUUUCUAACCUUCUAAUCUCCUUGGUUGACAUACAUAUUAUAAGCUACUAAUUAACAUUCAUUAAUAUGUACCUUCAAUAGUUAAAUUAUACCCUAUUCUAACAUUUCUACUAACAUACUAACACACUAACGUUGUAUAGGGAUCUUCGACAUUGCCAAGAAAUUUCUCCACUAGUGUAAGUUUCUUCAGUUUAUUUCUCUAUAAAGACUUUGGUAUAAAGCAUUAAAAAAAGGGAGGCGGAAUUUUUCCGUGUCAACAUCGGAAUUAUGACGGUGUCGUAAGAUGUAUUGAAGUGUUUUUGUUGAUGGAAAUCUCAAAUGAAAGUUAUACAUAUUUAUACAAAAUUAUACCUGACUUGGAGCAGCAAAAUUUCGAAUCACUAAAAAAUAUGUCAAGAAAAUUUCACUCCUUGUACAUGGAGAAACCCGGAAUAGAUAUAUCGUUAUUCUAUAUUAAAGAAAAACAUAAAACUCUCAUUUACUUUUUCUCUUAAAUUUAGAGCUAUGCAGAUUAUUCGACACGACCUUACGAGGUUUGUAUGUGCUUAUUGUAUUUGUACCAUUUGGACCAGUCAUUAGAGAAUGGUGUGUUUGCAUGGUCAUGUAUAAUAUCUAAUUGCAUUUGUUUAUUUUUUCUUAGACAAACAACUUACCAUCUACUGAUGUAAGUGGGACUCUUAGUUUGAAAACGAAGAUGUAGAAAAUUAUGAAAAAAAGUUCAUAUUUGAAUAUGUUAUGUUUUAAAUACAUAAACUAAUUCAUUUUUAUUUGCAUGCAAUAUAUUAAUAACGUAUGCUUCUAUUUUUUUUUAGUAUACAUCCAGUUACAGAUACGAGGUAAAAUUACACGUUAAAUUAGUAAGACUGUUUACACCCAUUUCAUUGGUGGUAUUAAAAUUUGAGAAACUUUACCAUAUGUUGUGGUGACAUUGCACCAAUGUAUCAGUAAUUUUCAAUAUGAUAAUUAAUGUGCAUGUUAUUUCUUUUCCAGUCUUCGACAUUGCCAAGAUCACGUGAUGUAAGUAUUAAACAUUGAUCUCAAUGUGGAAUGUGCACAUUUUUAGGGACAGGCCAUUAGAAAAGGGGUGGGGGAUUUUUUUGCCGUCUGCUUGUGCUGGAAUUUUUCUAACGGUCCACCCGUUUUAUACAGUAUCUCUAGAGUUUCAACUCUAAAUUUGUGCGUUAUUUUCUUUAGUCAAGCCGCCGUUAUAACACUCGGAGUGGCAGAUACUAAUGGAGAAAUGGACAAACUGCAUUUAAAGGCUUUUGAUAUUUUUAUUGCCGAAAUCUGUUAUACCUUUGUAAAACAGCCAAUUGAAAAUAUUUUUGUAAAAAAGGAACUACAGUAUACAAUGCGGGGUAUACCGAGGACUAGUGGGAUAAAGAACAUCACAAUUGCGUGGAAAAUUUCUCCAAUGAGGUAGCAUGUAAUUAUGAAGCCAGAAUUCAGAAACCUGCAACAUUUUUUGAGAGUAGCCUUUGGAUACGAGGUUGUCCUGGCCAAAAUUGCAAACUGUAUAAAAUGUAGUGUUACAUUACUGUUCUUAGCUAUAAUUUUCACCACAAAUAUCAUUUUUUUAUUCUGUACUUUUCAUGGAAAUAGACAGCGUGUGGACAGUUUUUUCAUAUUUGAAAUUACUGAUUUUCAAAUAAACUACUUAGUUUUUAGCAUUGUUUUUAAUUUGUACUUUAAAUUUCUAUGUU